AACCUUGUUUGCUUGCUCUGGACACCAAAAUAUCUUGUAAGUGGUGUAUAAGGACUGAAAAGCAACAUCAUUUAUGGCCACAGAGAUAUGCUAAAAUGGGACUGGGGUUGUUUCCCCCAUUUUCUUUCGAUCCUCAUCAAACAUCUUGCUUGCUUUUCCUGCCCAUUUCUUUCUACCUUCAGUAAUUUUCCCAAUGUUUUUGCCUUGCAGGAGAUCCUGGCAACAGUGCAAGGUUUAACUGAAAAGAUGGGAGGGAAAGACUCUUCUGAGCCCAGCCUGGGAAAAGGCCCUUCCCUCAUUCAGGCCAAGCCUAGAGGAGCAUUCGAGGAGAGUGCCACCCAGAAGCGCAUGCUGGAGGAAGUGCUCACUUCAGAUUUAUGCCGCCAGCAAUUCAGGGACUUUGGCUACAGGGAGACGUUAGGACCUCGGGAGGUUUGCAGCCAGCUGCACCUUCUCUGCCGCCAGUGGCUCCAGCCAGAAAGACGCACCAAGGGGGAGAUGUUGGACUUGGUGGUCUUUGAGCAGUUCCUGGCACUCCUUCCCUCGGAGAUGUCGUCCUGGGUGAGASAAUGUGGGGCAGAGACCAGUUCCCAGGCGGUGGCCCUGGCAGAASGCUUCCUCRUGAGUCAGGCAGAGAAGAAGCAGGAAYAGGAGYCGGUGAGCUCKGUUCAUUCUGGRCAUUUUGAGGGCCAUCCAUAUGUCUUGGCACGUUUUCUGAYAAMUCUGGAACAAMCWGAGGCCYGAGAUAAUUGCGUCUCAUCAGUCAAAAGGCAGGUCAAGGAUAGCCUGGACCUGUAUGAUGGGAUUCCYCUUCCCAGAAAUACARAGAACAUGGGAUUUGUGUCUGGAACGGAUCCCUGA